ACACGUGGGGGCGGAGAAGGGCCAAGCUUAGAACCCAUUUCCUGGCAAAAGAUCCCUUUAGUUCAGCUGGUCUCCGGCUAGGGAAGUCCCUAGGCGGCCAAUCUCCUGGCGCCUGGAGAAAACCAAAAAAGAAAAAAAAAAAAGAAAAAAGUGUAGAACAUCUCCCUCUCUAUUAUUAAUUAUUAUUAUUUAUCUUGCGUGUAAUCCGUUCCUCCUUAGUGCCUCCUCCCUUUCCUGCUUCUCCUCCUCCUGUUGUAACAUGCAAUUAGCGAUCCUGCAGCCACAUUUCCAAGGGUGCUAAAGUGCAUUUCGCUUAUAGCCACCAUGGGGAAUGGGAUGAACAAGAUCCUUCCUGGCCUCUACAUUGGCAACUUUAAAGAUGCAAGAGAUGCAGAGCAGCUGAGCAAAAAUAAGGUUACACACAUUCUCUCCAUCCAUGAUAGCGCCAGGCCUAUGCUCGAGGGACUUAAGUACCUGUGUAUUCCUGCUGCUGAUUCGCCCUCUCAGAACUUGACAAGACAUUUUAAAGAGAGUAUCAGGUUCAUUCAUGAAUGCCGGCUUAGAGGUGAGGGCUGUCUUGUACACUGCCUGGCUGGCGUUUCCAGAAGUGUGACCUUGGUGGUUGCUUACAUUAUGACGAUUACUGAUUUUGGCUGGGAAGAUGCACUACACAUGGUUCGGGCAGGAAGGUCUUGUGCCAAUCCCAACUUGGGCUUCCAGAAGCAGCUCCAGGAGUUUGAGAAGAAUGAAGUUCACCAGUUUCGGCAGUGGCUAAAAGACGAGUAUGGAGAAAACCCUUUGAAGGAUGCAGAAGAAGCCAAAAACAUUCUGGGUAAUUACAAAGAGCAAGCCCGUGCAGAACCACCCCAGCAGAAUGCCAGUGGGAGGCGGUGGAAUAGCUUUUCGACCUUGCCAUCACUAGCCUACAAUAACUAUACUACAGAGACAUAAUUCGAUGGGAUGCAGUCUUCUUCUUCCUCCUCUUCUUCUUCCUGCUUGUUUUUCAUAUUUUCUGUAUGCACUGUGGUAUACUGGACCCCUUUGCAGUCCAUGUGGUGGUGGGGUGAUGGUGGUGGAGGUCUGGUAGUUGUGGUGGGGAAGGAAUCGAGGGCUUCUCCUUACUGCAAAUAUUCGUUCUCUGGGCAUCCUCUCCUUGCCCUGCAAUUUCAGACUCUCCCCCCAAGUGGCCUCAGUCUUAGCUUGCCUUGUAAAAGGGAUACUACUGUGGAGAGGAGGGGUGUGUGCACGCACGCACACACACACACACACACACACACACACUCACACGUGUGUCUGUUGUGUGUACACAAAGGUGUGUCCUUGUAUAUAUGAUAAUGAUUAUUAUAUAUGUGUAUAUGUGUGUGUAUAUAUAUAUAUAUACAUAUAUAUAUAUAUACAUAUAUAUAUAUAUAUAUAUAUGUAUGUAUAAUGCUGCCAGUAUUAGAAUCAUGAAUAGCCUUUUGUGGGUCCAGGCCUCUAUGCAGAAGUAUUUAAGCCAUUCAUUAACAAAACACUCUGAAAGAAAAUAGCAUUGUAUAUAUGUGAGCUGACAUUGAAAAGAACUCAACUACAUAAAUUGGGGGGCUGGAGGGAGCAGUGUUCUUCCCUGGGAGCCUGGUUUGGGGUGAUUUGGGGGUCGAUGCCAGAAGGAAAAGGAGUAACGAGAUAGAAGAGCAUCAGUGGAAAGUGGUCCCUAGAGAAGGUUUGGUCCCCAGUUACCCUUUAGCCAGGGGCCCCUGGAGGGCCAGGGUUUGUUCUGGAGGAUUUUAGAGCUAUCCUCCAGUCAUCCUGGCCUGGUCUAGGUGGUCUUCACAUCUUUGUGGGAGGUCAGAGCACUUUUGAGCAGGCUGCUCACUCUGCUGAGUUUUGCUGAAUGUUGACUGUUAGAUGUUGACCACAAGGCAUCAUCCUUGUCACCAGGACUACUUCAAAGAUUCCUUCAUGCGUAGGUUUAUUUUUCCCCCUCACUCUGUAAUAGGCUUCUCUCAGGAUUCCUGUGCAUCUGUAGGGAUCUGUGUAUUGUGUCCAAAGAAAGAGUUUAUUAAGCACCAGGACAGUGUUCAUUAAUAAAUGCCUGAGCAUUGAUUAAGCACUUUGUUUGUACUGUGGACUAGGGAGUUGACCUCAGCUACCUCAUAGAAAGUGGUUGGUUUUUUUGUUUGGGCUUUUUUUGUUUUUGUUUUUGUUUUUCAACUGAUGAAUAGACAUGUUUAGUCUUUUUGGGAAGAAAAACGGAAGGACUUCAAUGCCUACCCAAGCCAUUUGAAAGUUUCUAACUUUGGCUUGAAUAAUGAUGCUUCUGAUGGGUCUGUACUUAAGUAUUAACGCAGAAGACAGCAGUAUAUGGGUGCAGGUGUAUAACCUCUGCCUUGUGUGCACUUGGGAGCAGCAGUAGACAUCAUGUGCUGGGUGCUGCUGUCUUCCAGGGGGGUCUCCACUCCCAUAUGCCAACUCAGAUUUUUUUAAGCAUGCAGAGCUCCGAGAAUGAAAAAAUGUGCCUGUCCUCUCCCUAAAAAGAUGUUGCAACCCUGUUCCUCUGAAUGCCACCACAAAAUGCGAAG